AUGGAGUUCUCAUAUUUAGGAUUCUAUAACAAUGUUAGAGAUAUUAAGCUUGUACCUGAAGUCGUGUGACAUAUGACUCUGCCUAAUCCACACAGUGCGCUUCUCCACAUUCCGGACUCUGUCAAGUUCACUUUCUGAUCAACUGAGAGAUGUUGGAACCAACUAUAUGCUUCCAUAGAAGGAAUGUGGCUGGAUUUCAUGUUCAGCCAGAUUUUUGCUGGACUAAAGGACCACUAUAGUGCCAGGAAAACAAGCUUGUUUUCCUGUCAUCAUAGGGUCAUCAGGUUCCCCCCUUCAACCACUUACCUUUCUCCAGCGCCGGGCUCCCUCUGUGCUGGGGAACACCCCCUGCUCCGAAUGCGCAUGAGCGGAACGGGGUGCGCAGUGAUAUUAGCGAGUAGAUUGUAAACCAUUUUUGUUCAUGUUCUUUGCAGAUUUGUUGUGCUGAUUGCAGUUUAUCUCAUUGGUGGAUUUCUCUAUCAGCGCUUUGUCGUUGGUGCCAAAGGCAUGGAACAGUUUCCAAAUAUCACCUUCUGGCAAGAGUUCGGCAAUUUGGUAGCAGUGAGUAUGGUUUAAUUACAAUUAAAAUAUAUAUAUUUUUUUUCCUUUUACUAAAAUAAGUUUACUGAAAGUUUUUCAUGUGACAAUUGUAGCAGCAGUAUCAACAGAACAUCUCAUGGCCAAAUAGUAAUAGCCAAGCUAUGAUACAAUAAAUCCAAGGUACAGAAAGGAAUGAAGUUAUCCUGUACAGCAAGGAGAAAGCCUACGAAACCCCUUUAAUCUCCCCACACUUGCUGGAAAAGGUCCCUUUUAAUAUGAAUCCUGGGCAUUUGGCAUAUGAGGUAGGAAUUGUAAAUUAUUUAUUUUUUCUUCUUUAUAGGAUGGCUGUGAUUUCACUUGCCGCUCUCGGCCUCGGUCUGCUGAUACGACAUAUAGAGGAGUCGGUGAUGAUCAGCUUGGGGAAGAGCCAGAAGAAAGAGACGAUCACUUAUUACCAAUGUGA